AUGGCUGAUAUAUAUUUCCAUUCAGAGGUAAAGAGAUCAAAGAAAGGUUUGAAGGUGUGGAAAGUUCAAGACCUUAUUAACAAAGCUGGGAGAGUUGUAACAUCCCAUCUCCUGUUUAUCCACGCAUGGAGUGGUUGCAACCUAUGGGCAUGGCAAAACCAGUCUUUGAAGAAGAUGAAAGAAUCAGAAGAAUUGCAGCGGAUAUCUUUCUUUAUAACCGAUAAUGAGGCUACAGUAGAGCAGAUUGGCAAAGCAGGUAUUCGGUUAUACGUUAUCCUAUAUGGUAGCAGAGCAAAUGAUUCUUUGAACAGUCUACGGUACUCUAAAUACAUGGAGAUGGUACUUACAAGAAAAGCAUCAAUUGAUCCACAGAAGUUUCCACCUGCAGAGAGAGAAGAAUUUUUUCACAGUUUGCGGGAUCACUUGCAAGUUAUAACUUGGUUGAAGCUCACAAAUGAUUACCUGAAUCCGACACAAUGGGGUUGGAAACUUGCUGAUACAAUGCUAACACCAUUUCUCACGGACUUGGAUGCACACCAGAAUGCUUAUUGA